UCGGUGAUUGAUUGAUUGAUUAAUUAAUUUUAUUACCUACACUUUGUUCUUAGAUAAUAAUUUACAUCGUUGUAAAAUCUUUACUAAGUUUACACAUACUCAAAUAAUUCUAACAGUCAAAUGAACUAGGGAUAAAACUGUCACACAUAUAUUUUACAAAACUAACAUACCAUUUUAUUAUUUAUAGGUUAGGUAUUAUUAAAAAAAAUAUAUUUUAGAUUAGGUUUAGGUUAUGUGAGGAAAUACCUACAGCAGGUGUUUUGAUAUUCACUUCCAUUGAAAUUUUUAUUAAUUUAUUUUAGAUAAUAUGGCUGAUGUAUUUUUCAAACCUGAUGCUCAACAACUUUUGAACAAGAAACACAUAGUCUUCUUUGGUGACUCAAAUGCUCGAGCUAUUUAUAAGGACCUUGUUUGGCUGCUGAAUUAUAACCAAUUGAUUGACCAGAGCGCUCUAAAAAGGAAGCAAGAACCUACUUUCUGCGGUGACCGAUUGGAUAAACACAGUAAAUUGAGUAGGGGGAGAGAAUAUGAAGAGGAAAGAUCGUACACGAGAGAUGGAGUUAAAGUUGAUUACUACUUUAUCACCAAGUGUUACACCCCCAUGUUAGUGGACAUGAUGGAAGACAUCCACCUGGGAUCAAGAGAGGCUCCCGAUGUUAUCUACAUCAACUCUACCCUCUGGGAUGUUAGUAGGUGGGGACCUAAUGGUGUCGUUGAAUUCAAAGACAAUAUGUUGAAGUUGGCUCGUCUGUUUAAGUCUAGUCUUCCUACCUCAACACUAGUAAUCUGGGCCACGGCUCUGCCCAUCUCCAGUAAAGUUCAGAGCAGUCUCCUCAUCAAACAGAUAGAUUUCCUGCAACAUACUCUACGUUUUGAUGUAAUGGAAGCCAAUCAGUUUGCCAGACAAGUGAUGGUGAAUCACGGGUUCGACGUGCUAGACAAUCACUUUCAUAUGCGCAUGCAAGCCCACAGACGAGUACAUGAUGGUGUUCAUUAUUUCCCUACUGCGAUUCGACUGCUGACAAACUUACUUCUUACUCAUAUAGCUCUCAGCUGGGACCAUCCGUUGCCUGACCGUGUCAAGACCAUCUUGCUGGACAAGACCAAGGCCUUGUGUGGUGGCAAGUGUAAGUCUCCGUCACCGCCAACGACCAGAACCAAGACUACUGACAGUGACAACAAACCUCCCCCUCUAUCUCCUAACAGUCUGGCAAAGGGGGAUAACAGGUUUAUAAACAGGCCUAAAAAAUACAAGAAUAAGAGGCGGCAAAGUACAACCAUCAAAUCUAAGAAUCCAGCAAGGCAAACAAUAUAUGAGAGAUACUUUUACAAUCCCUCACAAGAAGAGAAACCGCUCCAUUUAAAAGACCGUUUCUCCCAACUCAGGAGGCUCAAAGGACAUGACCGCAGAAAUACCAACUGGAGACAAGAUGAUCAACAGCAUCAGCAACAGCAACAGCAGAGGUGGAGGGCGGAGACACAACCUCCCCCUCCUACUAUAAACCCUUGGUCUCCAUGGAUGGCCAACCCCUGUCCAAGUACCAGUGGAGCGGAUACCACCAACUGGAGUGAGGACCACUGGCAAGGCAGUGGGCAGAUGUUUGACACUGACUAUGACCAACACCGGGACACCAGCAUCCUGGCCCGCGCGAGCUCCAUGCUGGCCAGAAACAUGUGGCAACAACAGAGAUACCAGCACUACUGAGCAGUGAGCAGUCAGCACCAUGUGCAGUUUUAGUUUUGUUUACAUUAUAAACGGAGUGUUUAGUUUAUAAGUCAGUAAUUGUCUCUAUCCCUUUUCAUUUAAAUAUUCUGCUCACAUCAACUACAUACACCUGCAGAGCUUCCAAGAGCCUUGGCAACAAAACUGCUCCAGCAAUGGUUGUUACAUGUAAUAGGACUCUUAUAAUAAAUGAGAGACAAAAAGAGGAAAAGGAACCAAUUAAUCCUAUUAGGUUGUGAUGAAACUGCCAAUAUAGCGUUUAACCAGUUUCUAUUUUAUUAUGUUUAAAAUUCAGAGUUGUGCAUGAUCAUUUAUUAAAAUUAUUAUUUAUUGUAAGAAGGAGAAAAUACAUCUUGUUUGUCAAUUGUUUGAUAAAUUUAAUACAACUUUAAGUAAACAGACGCGGUCACUGUAAGGAAGGGACACAACACCAAACCCACGGAACCCACAUCUGGUUGACCAAGUGUAACGUGAACAGUGUCUCUGCACAACUGAGCAUUGUGGGAUUGAGUUACAAUAUUUACGUCUGUUCAAUUAUUACGUAUGUAUCAAAUUCAACAAACCAUAGACAAGGAUAUAUAAUUUUAUGUGGUAAUCUUGCAUUCCUUUUGGUUAAAUAGUUUCAUUAUCAAUAACUAGAUUUUUAAUAUCUAAAAAAUACGUAAAAGAUAGUCUAAUUUUCAAAACCCAUUUUUCUUAUCACAUUUGCAUUUUCCUGCUUUUAUUCAAACUUUUGUUGUUUCAUUUAGGAGGUGCCAGAGUCAAAGUUAAAGUCAGAUGCACAUCUUUUUGAUUGGGUUCCCAUUAAAAUAUGAGUAAUUUUUUAGGGGGAAAAUAUUUUGCCAAAGUAUAAAUGGCCCUUACUGUAUUUUUUUCCACUAAUUGUUUUGUCAACGUACCUAUGGAAAAUCAGUAUUUACUGUUAAAGGCUACAAAGCUUUGACCUAAAAAGUCUUGCUCUAGUUUUAGAUGAUUGGUCGUUGAUCCCAGAGCGUAAUUGGGCAGCAUUUACAUUGCUAUAAUGCACAAAAAACAUUGUCAUUUUAACUCCCCCGAAGAAAACCUAAGUAUGUAAGAGUACUAUUUAAUUUUCAGGAAAAUAUUUCCUUAAAGAUUAUUAACAACUAUAAAACUGUACAGGUUUGAAAUUGAGACUUUAAUCGUAAUUAUGGUAUUACAAAAAUUAAGGCCACUGAACUACAGUAGUCUGAAUGAAUACUCAUAACAUUCCUUGCACAAGUAGUGUAAGCCUAGUUUUAAAUACAGUAAUGCUAUAUUUUUUAUAAAGAAUGUGUACAUUGCCUUAAAAAUCUACAAAUAUGUUAAUUGUUAAUAACGGCUAUCUCUAGUAAGUAAAAUUCAAAUUAGUUAUUGAAUCCUAAUCGUGGGUUCUUUAAAAGACUAGCAAUCAGGUGAUUUAACGUAAAGUAUUUGGUAAACACAUGUGUUUUAAUGCUUUUCUAUUGAAUUCACGUUGAUAGCACGAGUCUGCAGAUGAGAGUCUAUUUACAGACAAAAGUAUGAAUACCCUCUUUUAACUGUUUAAUGGGUAACAACAGGGAAAAUAAACUCUACACACCUUUAUAUGGCAUCAAAAUGCACAUUUUUAAAGAAAAAUAUCAGUAAAAACUUGAAGUCUCUAUCUUAACCCAUUGAAAAUAUUUUGCACAAUUUAAUACCCCCCCUAAGAAUUGGGUUCUCCAGGCUAAUUAAAAAUUAAAAUCACCACCAUUUUUUACUGGGUUAAGAUAGAGACUUCUGGUUUUUGCCGAUAUUCUUCUUUAAUAAGUGCUUUAAAAUGAGGUAUGUGAUAGGGCUUUAUAUUAAACAUUUUUUAGAUGCCCCCAAAUAAUCGAUUUUUAGAUCCAGGGUUAAUUUGUAGUACCGAGAAAAAGUGCAUUGGUUGGUCUUAUGAGGGUGAUACUGAGUUUGGUUUUCUGGUAAAACCCCUUAAAAAGUUAAAAGGGAAUGAUAAUGCCUACAUUGUGGGUUCUUUCAGGAUGAUGAUACUGUAAUUUUAAUUUGCCGCCAUUUUGUAAUGGUUUGAGAUCACAGAGAAGUAAGAUACAGAGGAUACAAUGGUACACUUAAGUGGUGUCUAGAACCAGUCGCUGGUGUCUAGAGCAAGUUCUAUUCCCUGUUCCCUUCCGCUCCCCUUUCCCCCAUUGCCAUGAAGUACUACAACACUCACGCUGUAGGAAGACCCUGUGCAUUAUAACUGCUGUACAAAAAUGUAUGUGUCUAUCGCUGAUCAGGCUCUUCCUUGCUCGGAACAGGUACAUUUCGGCCCCACCAUACUAGAGCUAUAAGUGCCCGGUUGUCCCAUAAGCUUGUAUCCUCUGUAUCUUACUUCUCAGUGGUUGAGAUGGAGACCUCUGGUUUUCACUAAUAUUAUUCUUAAAUCAAGACCUCUAUGGGAGGUUGUAAAGUAAUAAGAUAAAACUUAUUGUUAUUUAUCAAGAUAUUUAUUUUCCAUUCCAUCAAAGAUAUUUAUGGACACAAUUUUUAAUUUUGUUGGAAAUACUGUUACGAGCAAGUGUUUAGGGAAGUAAUGUUGUUAGUUACAGUUGUUUUGUUUUUGUUAUUUUUAGAUAUGUACAGUUGAUGGUACUAGGAAAUUUUAUUGAGUAAAAUAUCAAAACCUUAUUACCUUAACUGAUGCAAUUUGGUUUUAUCAAUUAGUUAUGUUGUUUAAGAUAUUGUAGGAAUAUCAAUAACAUUUUGGUAUUUGGAAUAGAACCCUGGUACGCAACUAAACUACUUAAGUUGCAAAUUUAAAUUUUUUGUUUUCAUUUAGAGUAAUAAAAACCUGUUUCAGAAAACUUAACUACAAUAAUUGAUUUGUUAUGGCUUACUAAAAAUAGUUUAGUGAUAUGUGUUCCAGCAAUUUACAAUAAAACUACUAAAUUAAAUCCUUGGGCUAUACAUAAUUUUCUAAAUAGUUAUAGCUAGGAAAAUUCAAAAAAUAUGAGUAAUUUCAUACUUAUAUAAUUAUAAAAAACUAUCUCUAAUUAGUAAUUAUAUCUAAAUUUUAAAUGUUUUAAAUAUUUAAAACAGCAAAACUUUUGCAGUGAUACUGACUUUACAAGCGAUGUCAUAGGCAUCUGAUUAAGUAAGGAAUACUGCACAGUAUGAGUAUAUUGUCACUUAAGGUAUUGCCGGAUAAACAUUGAUAAAGGAGUACCCUCUUUCCCUCUUAUGAUAGCAUUAUAAUUAUUAAAACUUGUAACUACUUACAAAUAAUACAAAAUUGCACUCACAAUAAUUGCUGAUUAACGGAUUCAGACUGUACCUGUUAUUUUAGUAUCUCUGCAGAUUUGUUAACCAAUUUGUCAAAAGACAUAUUACGAUUUUUAAAAUCUUGUACUGUUUUUUUGUUUGAAUAUUAAUGUUAAGCAGUUAUAUAUUUGCUUGUGCCUUCAAAGUUUUAAAGACUGAACGUUUUACCAUUACAUGAUUUUACUCUUUAGAAAUAUUUUUGUUUAGUAGUUAUAGUAAUAAACGUUUGCUUGUAAAGUGUUAUU